AUGGCUGCCUCUAUGCGUCACAUGGCCAACUUCCAAAAGGCUCUGCUCGUCGCCAGAAGCGCUCCGAGACUCUCGACUGUUGUUCGUGCUACCUCCACUUUGAACGACGGAGCCAGCAAGGUUCCAGACCACUCGACGCACUUCAAGGUGAGAAAAUCAUACAAGCUCUUGGUUUAGCGUAAAUAAUUCACAGCUCGAGCGUCUGUGGGCCGUCGGAAUGCUGCCGAUCCUUCCGGCUUCGUACUUCAUCCACGGACCGGUCAUGGACGCCGUUCUCACCGUCGCUCUCACCCUCCACAUCCACUGGUUUGUCUAUUUUUACAAAAAAUAUCAUUGAAAGGCAAUAUUUAUACAGGGGAGUGCACGGAGUCGUCUACGAUUACGCUCGUCCGUACGUGAUCGGAGAGGCUGCUGCCAAGGCCGCCCACGUCGGAGUCUACGUCAUCACCGGACUCUUGCUUGCUGGCCUUCUCCACUUCAACACUAACGACGUCGGAAUCACCAAGGCUUUCGAGCUCGUCUUCUCCCUCUAA